AUGGUCGGUGCCUUUGCCAAGCUUGCACCUGAAGUUCGCCUGAUGAUAUACCGGGAGGUUGUCAAACAGGACACUCCCAUUCGCGUCUCCAAGGACAGCCCGGGACUUGACAUACUCAGAACAUGUCGUCUGUUCCGCGAUGAAGGUACCGAGGCCUAUUACCAGGAAAACACAUUCCUGGUGACCGAUGCCACCUCGGCUCUGAUGUGGUUGCCUCGAGUAGAGAAGUACGCCAAACACAUCCGGAAUCUCCAGCUCGAGGUGGACGUCUCGCCCAUUGACCCGAUGCAGUGGGGUCUAUUGGGCCACGACAACGGCCUGGGUUUCAUAUACGACCCAGAAUGGAAGCAAGUUGUCGACAUCCUUGCCAGGGCAUUCCCGCGGUUGGAGACGCUCGGCCUGAUCGUCGUCGCACGAAGAUUGCAACAUAUGCACCCGGGUGCUGAGCCCAGGAGUCACCGAUACAACGACCUUGCAACAGAGCUCGGGAAUUUCCAGCAAGGUCAAGAGGAUACCUGCCUCGACGUGCUUAGACAAGCAUGUCCUAAAUUUCUGUCGCUCCGAAUAGCCUCCGGCUUCGACAUGGAUUGGGCGGUCCACUGGAGCCAUAGCUUUCAACUGGUCAGGCGCGAGACGGUGAUGGCUGACGAGCAGCUUGGAAGUCUCACGUGGUAUGACUUGUGCGACAUAGUAGAUUCCGGAGAAACCGAGCAGGAUUCGGAAGAAGAGGAUGAGAAUGAUGUCGCAGACAACCAGGAGAACUACGACGAGCUAAUGAUUGACGACGAUAUCGAAGGGAUCGAGGUCGACGAUGAAGACGACUAUGACGAGGAUCACAUCUAG